UUCUAAUUAAGCGAACAUAAAAAUCAAAAAAUUAAAUUCUAGCAGAGAUUGUUUUUCUCUUGGAAUGUUGGGAAGGAUGGCCAGCUCAAUGGCCAAGAUAAAAAAUGGAGUCACUGAAGACAAGGCAAAAGAAGAAAAUGGUGAAAUUUUUCUGGAAAUUGUUGGUAAUUCUCAAGAUGGAGAAUUUGACAUAAUAAUAGGACACUUGCAAGAUAUUAUAAUUGACGAGGAGUUUCUGGCUCUCCAGCACUCGUUUAUGGAUGAACAUUACCAUUACUUUGAAGAUGUCGAAGAGAAUAAGCUAAUAUACACGGACAUACAAAAGAAAUAUACUGAGCUUGUUGAAAAACAUAUAGAGACUCAGUUAGAGAUGAGAAUACCUCAUUUUGACAUGACUAAAUUCUUACAAUUACUAGAGUCAAAGAAGUCUGAAAUUCCAGAGGAAAUAUUUGAAAUUCUUCUCUCUUUCACUGACUUUCUGACAUUUAAACAAAUGUUCUUGGAUUAUAAAGCUGAUAAAGAGGGAUUGGUUCCUGAUCUUGGUGGCUUAAUAAUCAGUUCACCAUUUGAUGCUUCUAGAUAAAGGAAACUGAUUGAUAUACAUGUACAUACAUGAAUGUCUUCACUCUCUAUCUCUCACUUUCUUCUCUUAAAUAACACAUGACAUGGCAACGUGCUUCACUAUUAUUAUUAUUAUUAUUAUUAUUAUUUAUUGUUAUAUCAUUUUAAAAUUAAAAUUGAUUACAAUCUCCUAGCCUUGUGUUGUCAUUU